GCCAUUGCAGUCGUUGGUUGCUGCACUCCGCUCUCACUCUGUCUCCGUCGUCUUGCCGCCGCCUCCUCCGCUUGACUUUCCUACAUCGCCGAGGAUCGCUCGAUUCGCUCGGAUCUCGUCUCUCCAUUUGCUGUCACAUCCUAUCAUUUCACCGCCUCCAUCAACGCCAUCAUCAAUAUUGAAUCUGCGCUCUGAGCAGUAGCAGGUGGCGCUUAAUCUCAUCUUAGUGUGGCAGGCAGGGGUCUCGUAUCAUCGCAGCAUGACGCCGUCCGGCGAGGAGGCGACAUCGCCCUCCGCUUCACGGUCCAAGGCCAAUGAUACUCCACGAGCAGGCACCGUCGAUCUGCCUUCCUCCUUGUCGAGGUCUGCCAAGAGCACGUCGCCAUCAUCACUGCCAAGAGGAGGCGUCCAAUCAGACGCUAGAGCCAUGACAGCUCACCAGCAUCAAUAUCAAGAGGGCAGCAGCAGCAACGAUAACGAUACCGACUCGCCCUCUUCAGCUACAUCGCCUCGUCCCCUCUUCCAUCGCCUCAGCACUCUGCCCGAUCAGCAUGUCCUCAACUCCGCUCACACCAAGAAUCGCCCCAUGAAUCAAUGGACCAUCCCUAAGCAAGCCAAGGGUACUCGAGCAGCCACUCUCUUCCUCGGAAAGGACUACGAGCGAUGGCAGGUGUAUGAACGCGAGAGUAUGGGAGGAGGACUGAAGCUUGCCUGGAGCAAGAGGCCCGGUAGCUCGUCAGAUAUCCAUUACUCCACUUCCGGUGCUGGCCCCUCUUCAGCUGGUAGCAGCGCAGAGGACGACGACGACGAGAUGUACUCGGACGCUUUCACCACAGAUGGGGAAAGCGAAUCGUCUAUGGGAGCGGCGAGCGGUAAGAGCUCAAGAAGGAGCAGUCGAUCUGGUCGAUCAAGGAGUGGAAGUGGCGUCAUGAGGAGGCCCGGAAUCUUGGGCAACAACCUCCAGCCUUUGUCUUCGUCUCAAGUCGACCUGCGUCGAGGGAGCGUAGACGAUGCGGCAAGCUCUCCGUCUUCAUCGCUUCACGAUUCAUCUUCUCAGCGGCGUCGUCGCUUCUCGUCCAAUGGACCGGACGCAGCCUUCCUGCGCCAUUCGACUGUAAUGGGACUGCAUACUCCCAGGAGGGACUCAGCAUCAGAGUCGGGCCCUCCCUCACCAAUGAGCAAGCAGCAGCUGUCACAAGGCCUCGACCGAAUCGCUAUUGCUCCUCUGAGUCAGAUCAAGCCACCCAGUGGCAGGCCCUCCAAGAUGGACGUACCACCAGCGGGCGCAGAAUCGGCCACCCCUUCUCAAGACGCUGCUCUGAAGAAGGCUGUUUCUUCGAUUGGCAAAGGAGCCAAGCGAUCUUCGAAGCGGAUGCAUCGCGAGGUCAGCUCAUCCGACCUGCUCAAAAAGGCAGCCGCCGCAGCUGCAGCAUCUAUCGAGCAGUCGUCUGCCUCUGAGUCCGAGCGAGACGAUGCAAGCACGUCGAGCGUUCUCCACAGCGACUCAAGCUCGCCUGUCAGCGGGUCGAUCAGCCCUCGCCCAGCUGCACUUAGGCUGGCUCGUAGGCGCAAGCCUAUCAGCGUCGAGGGCACUCUAUACGAUCGCAGCGGGCCGUUCAGAGAAGGUGCGGUGACCGAUGGACUGAGCGUGCGCCUGUUCAGCACGGAGCAUGUAGGCGAGGAUCAUGGGUUCGACGAUGAAGAGCAUGCGACGAACGGGCAAGAAGGAGAGCCUGAUGCACGCAAAAGCCGCGCGUCGAGACGAACGCAUCGCGAAGAGGACUCCCAACAAGGCGGCACCACCAAUGGCGAGGGCAGUCACUCCAAUGGCAGCACCGAUAGUGACGUCAAGUCGUCUCACAGGGACCUCUCCACUGCUCCACCUCCCCCCGCAACGACAUACCUCAUCACUACCCCCGACAAUCGUGUCUCCUCAGCUGCAAAGCUGCGUCGCUGGGCAAUGGACGGCGCCGGUCGCUUCUAUGCUGCUAUGGAGAUCAAGUCCGUAGAAGCCAAGGUCCGCUCGGCCACCGAGACGACAGCUCCCAGCGGCAGCACAAGCGGUAGUGCAGCCGCCUAUGCGCGGUCACUAGCCAAGAUCCUCCGCCAAACCUACCUUGACGAUAUUCUGAAUGAGGUGCAAAAAGCUGAGACCCUCAACCCGGGCCGCAAUUCUGUUGCCCGCCUCCUGGUGACCAGCGACGGAAAGUACGUUCGCCUCGAGGAGGACUACCCGGAGGAAGCCUUCUUCGUCAUUGCUGGCUGCGAAGAGGAGGAGCUCUACCCGGUCGCCGCGCUCGUCUUCUGCCAGACUCUGCGACACAUUCACCGCUUCCACUCUUCGGGCUGGAUGCACGGCGACAUCAAGCUGGAGAAUUUGAUGUUCGACUCGCAGGGUUCACUCGUGGUGAUAGACUACGAGAACGCAAACCCUUUCCGUAUCCCUGGUGGGGACGGGUGCGUCAGUCUCAUGAGUUUCGACUGGGUGCCGCCUGAAGCGAAGCCGGGGCCCAACGGGAGGAGAGCGGGGCCGAGUGCUGAUCUUUGGGCGCUUGGGGCGAACUUGGUCCGAGCGUUCGCGCUCCGGGAUGGCGUGGAGGACGGGGCUAUCCGAGAGAUGUUGCUCGAGGGCGGACAGGAGGAGUUCCUUCGUUACAGGGACGGGUUGGUUACGAAGGGCGUGGCGGCCAAGAAGGCGAAUCACGAUGGCUCUGCAGGUAAGACGCGAGAUCAAGGAGGUGACGAUAGCCUCGACUGGGAUGAAAGCGCUACUGGUGCCGGGCGAGUCACAGCGGAGGACAUCGACCUCGGGGACCUCCUGGAAGACCCAACGGUCGAUGCCGCCGCCGCCGCCAUGACACCGCAGCAGAGCGAGCAAGGCUUCUCUCACUCCAAUGGCCAUUCUCAGCCCAGCAAGUCAGGUCGCACUUCCUCAAUCUCCCCACGUCGUCUUCUCACCUCAUUCGCCCACUGCGCCCCCCACCUUCUCCGGUAUGUCCUCGCCUCCUGCCUCACCCUGGACCCCACCGCCCGCGGGGUAGACGCCGAGCUGGAGGGGCUUCGUCUUGCCGCGCAGCUAGAGGCUGAAAAUGGGGGAGAGACGAUGCGCAUUGCAAAGGUUGCGGUCGAUACGGCGAUUCGGCUGAGUGGGAGUGAGUGGGUCAGGCCGAAAUUGGACGAGGCGAGGAUCAAUCUGGGGCUGGAGUAGGCUCAGGUGCAGUCGCGCACGGCAGAAUCAGUUCACUGCAAUUGUUAUUCUUGCUGUGCUUUUCAAACAGCUCGCAAUCAUGUUCAAUACAUUGUGCGAGAGUACAACCUCACUCCGGCGUAGACUGGGGCAACGAGGGAGGCGAUGCAGUAAUAGAAGCCCACGUUCAUGCGUUCCGGCGGCUCGGCGAAUAAAUGCAGCCCCUUGCCGUCACCCAGAAACGCCACCAAGCCUCUUUCCCCGGCCUCGCUCCCUGUCCUCUCCUGUGCUACCAA